AUGUCUACUCUUUCCUUGACUCCCUCGAGCGUCUCAUCGAGGACUGUGGUCUCCGCAGAUCGGUUCAAAAUACAGCCACAGUUUGAGGAGGCUAUUCACAAUACUCUUCGCGAGGCUAAAGGCUUUCAUGAGCUCGUGAUUACCAACAUGCCGCCAGGGUGGGAGCAUUUCCUCUGGGAAGUCGAGGAGGAUCUCCCUUCUAUUCGAAAAACCUAUAACCCAGAGAGCCGUUGUUUACGACUCAAAAUUAUGCCAACUUAUGCCCACAACUGUAUUGCCGAAUGGAUUUCAGCCUCAAUUUCUAGAGCCUGCGCGAUAGAUUUCCUGGACCUAGCAGAGUUAGACCUUCUCCUUCUACAGCAAGGCACAAAGGUUGGGUGGAGCGAGUCGUACAAUGACCGACUUGAUGAUAUGAAUCGGCUACUCAUUGGUGGUAACGGGGCGAUCAAAAUCGUCAUUCUUGUUAAGUGGACGAAGCAUGCAAAUAAAUCAGUCAGCGGGGUCCUCGAACUUUACAAAAAUGACCGACAAGGGAUCCCAAGACGCACGCAGACUGAGAUUAUUUUCCCUAUGCCUGCUGGUGACCCGCUUCAGCCACUUGAGAUUCGACGUUGCGACCUAAACCCUGUCCAGUCUCCUCGCAAUCCAAAUGAGAAUUUUCCUCUAGUAAUUAGCCGCUUACGCUACCACGCUCGGAUCAGUCUUGUAAAGGAGGGAUAUGUGCCUGCCUAG